AUGAAUACACCGGGGAAAAUUAAGAAAUUAGAUGAAACUGUAGUAAAUAGAAUUGCAGCUGGUGAAGUAAUACAGAGACCAGCAAAUGCAUUAAAAGAAUUAAUCGAAAACAGUCUUGAUGCAAAAGCAAGUAAUAUACAAAUUAUUGCUAAAGAGGGUGGAUUAAAAUUAUUACAGAUUCAAGAUAAUGGAACAGGUAUUAGGAAAGAAGAUAUGGAAAUUGUUUGUGAACGAUUUACAACAAGUAAGUUACAAACGUUUGAAGAUCUUCAAACAAUAUCAACUUAUGGAUUUCGUGGUGAAGCCUUGGCUAGUAUUAGUCACAUAUCACUUUUAACAAUUACAACAAAAACUGCAAAUGAAAAAUGUGCUUAUAAGGCAUCAUAUGUUGAUAGUAAACUAAAAGCACCACCUAAAGCAUGUGCUGGAAAUCAAGGCACUACUAUAGUAAUUGAGAAUUUGUUUUAUAAUGUUGCAACAAGAAGAAAAGCUUUAUCAAAUUCAGCUGAAGAAUUUAACAGAAUCACAGAUGUAGUUACAAAAUAUGCAAUACAUAAUCCUAAUGUUGGAUUCAUACUAAAGAAACAUGGUGAAAUAACACCUCAGGUUCGUACACCACAUAACUCAACUAAAAUGAGUAAUAUUAGAAUACUUUAUGGUAAUCCUGUAUUUCGUGAAUUAUUAGAAGUGGAACUUGAAGAUGAUGUUUAUAAAUUUAAAAUGCAUGCUUUAAUAACAAAUCCAAAUUAUACAAAUAAGAAGAUGGUAUUUCUCCUAUUCAUUAAUAACAGAUUAGUAGAAUCUUCUUCUAUUCGAAAAAUGUUAGAAGAACUAUAUACGUUUUAUCUUCCAAAAAAGACCCAUCCAUGGUGUUAUGUGUCUUUAGAAAUUAAUCCACAAAAUGUUGAUGUCAAUGUACAUCCAACGAAAUAUGAAGUUAGAUUCCUUCAUGAAAAUUCUAUCAUUGAAAAAAUGAAACUUGCUUUAGACGAAAAAUUAUCUGGGAAUAGUGCUUCUAGAACAUUUUAUGUGCAAGCACGACUACCAAAAGUAGAUAUCACUAAAGAAGUUUUAAAAGAAGUUUUACCGGAAUAUGAGAAAGAUAAUAAUGAUAAAGUAAAAAAAGUUCGACCUCAGGAUAUGAUCAGAACUGAUGCAUCUAAUCAAAAAUUGGACAAAUUUAAUUUUACCAUUCAUUCAGCAAUGAAAUGUGCUAGAAAUGAUAACAACAAUCAAAUUGAUUUAAAUAACACAAACGUUGAAAAUACUACAAGCAAUAACGAAAAAGAAACUGAAAAAAUACAGUGCUUAACACGAAAUGUAAAUGAUACAGAACAAAAAGAUACGUCGACGCAUGCUGAAGCAAUAGCAACAGAAAAAUCUAGUUCUCCAUGGAGUAAUAUUAUAAAUAAUACAAGUCCAUCUAUAUUAGAUUCAACACCUGAUGAAUCCAAUCCAGAUUUAUGUAAUCAAAAUAUUAAUGAAGAUGAGUAUACAUUAAAUAAUACCCAAGAUGUUUUAGAAAUUACAAAUGACGAAAGUACAGUAGAUGAUUCUAUGAAAGAAGAUUGCAUUGACGUUAUCGCAGAUAAAGCACGUAAGCAAGUAUAUAAAUGCUUUGGAAGUAAAAGCAAUAUAUCACAAGAAGCAAAGAUGGAAAAAAAUAGUAUACACAAAGAAGAAAUAAAACAUUCAAAAUCAGAAGAAAGUAAUAAACCUGAUGAAACGCAAGAUAUUAUUGCACAAACGCCAGAAGAAAGUGAUAGCAAUAAAAAUGCCAAUGGAAGUUCAUAUGAGUUUAAAUCUUAUUCAAUAAAUAAUUUUAGAAGAGAAGUAAAAUUGACGAGCGUCUUAAAAUUACGUAAAGAAGUAGAAGAUGCAUGUCAUGACGGUCUAAAACAAAUUUUAUCAGAAUUAUCUUUUAUUGGUUGUAUAGAUCAGUCCUCUGCUUUAAUUCAAAGUGGAGUCAAUUUGUAUCUUUGUGAUACACAAAAAUUAGCGCAACAACUAUUUUAUGAAAUUAUGCUGUAUGAUUUUGCAAAUUAUGGAAUCAUCAAAUUUUCGGAAGCACUUCCAUUAUACGACAUAGCUCUAUUAGGAUUAGAUACUAAAGAAGCUGGGUGGACAGAAGAAGAUGGAUCAAAAGAGGAAUUAGCUACAAGUGUUAAAGAAUUAUUACUGGAAAAGGCAGAUAUGUUAAAAGAGUAUUUUUCUAUUGUUAUAGAUAAAAAGGGAAAUUUAAAAUCUUUACCAGUAUUAUUGGAAAAAUAUUUUCCGUCUGUGGAAGGUCUUCCUCUCUAUAUAUUACGUUUAGCUACAGAAGUAGAGUGGUCAUCAGAACAACCGUGUCUUCGAAGUAUUUGUACAGAAACAGCAAGAUACUAUAGUCAAGUAAGUUUCAUGCAUGAUACUUACGAUUGGAAAUACAUUACAGAACAUGUUUUAUAUUCUGCAAUUAAAGAGAGUUUUCUUCCCCCUAAACAUUUUACACAUGAUUCAACAAUAUUACAAAUAGCCAAUUUGCCUGAUUUGUACAAAGUUUUUGAAAGAUGUUGA